AUGGCGGGCGUUAAGUUUGACGAUCUCGCUUUGCAGUAUGUCCUCACAGAUGAGAACGAUCGGGAACAAGCAAUAUCAGAGGAAGCAGCCACAAGAAUUCAAGAGUCCACGAACAGCAGAAUAGCUGUCGGCCAGUGGGUCGCAUCUAUAAAUCGUUGGAUUCAACCCGGCGAUGAUUCCAAUGAUGACAACUUCAUCGCGCGGGCGAAGGCGCUAGAUUUUCUAGCCAGUACCCUUGGGGUUCUUAAGAACAGAGAUGUGCCCUUGAAAGCUGAUCAAAUUAAGCUCUUGGUGACUUUCUUUGGUUCCCUCUUUUCAAGCGACCACCGAGCUGGUGUUACAGCUUCUGCCAAAGCAUUAACGCAUCUGGUUAGCAUGAAGUCAUUCCAACCUACUCUAGGAGAUGAUAUAAUUUCAAGCGUCUGUAAAUUGGGCGAUGAUUUCAAACUACAAACACCAAUGACACGCCUAGAGCUCUAUGAAUUAUUUAUUGGGCUGCUCCAGGAUCCUGCUGUGGCCAAUGAGCUUGAAUACCGCCAUGGAAAUACCUGCGGAUUUAUAACCAGUCUCCUGGACCUAUGCCGGAACGAAAGGGAUCCGUUGAAUUUAAUGAAGUGGUUUGAGAUUCUAAAAACAUUUCUGCAGAACUUUUCACCCUCAGAAGAUAUUACGUUAGAAGUCUUUAAGACCUUCUCAGCUUAUUUCCCUAUUUCUCUGCGGUCAUCAGCUACACCGUCAGGUAUUACCGCUGAUGAUCUGAAGGGCGCUGUGCGAUCAUGCUUCGCCGCCCAUUACCGCGUGGCUAACCAUGCGAUACCAUAUCUUAUUAACAAGCUUGAUCAGGGGGACGCGGUAACUGUCGCCGUAAAGGUUGACAUUCUACAGACCCUUGACGCAUGCUUAGUACAAUAUGAGCAUCCCAAGAAAAGUGUUAUUCCAUUUGCUGAUCAAAUAUGGAACUCACUUAAAUAUGAGGUUCGAAACGGCGAGAUACCGGAUACUAUUAAGGCAACUCUGAAGGUCAUACGAUCCCUUACCACACGGCUUGACGAGGAUGAGCUUCGAUCAUUCUUAGCAAGCGCUUGGAGGGAUCUUGUUGAAGACUUAUCCAGUCCAACCUACACGGCUCAGGCUGGUAGACUCCUGGUUGCAAUUUCUGGGGCUGAUUUCCAGUCGUUUUCGAGUAUCACUCCCCAGGCCAUAUCCCAUGCUCAAUCUACACUUAGACAUACCCAAUCCGCAUCACAUAAACAAGAACUCGUGGCGUUACUCAAUUCGAUACUCACCAUACGAUCGCAUUUAAUCGAUACACUGAAGGAUGACCUAAAUGUCGAUAGGAGCUUUGGCCUACUAAAGGACGAACUAUUUGGUGAUUCGCUCUUCUCUGAGGUCUAUGAGCCUCUGUGGGAAGAAAUCUCGGGUUCUCAGGCAGCAGAGCAAGUAGGUGUCUUCAAGAAGAUUUUGGAAGGACUUGCUGUUCUUGUAGGGCAGCGAUCUAGUGAUGCCGGUCCUUCUCGUCAGCUGUGUUCUCCUUCCACUUGCGAGAAGAUCUUUAGUUGGCUCGCAAGCCCAUCUAUCAUCUAUCCUUUGGAAGGCAAAAAGUUCAAUCAAAACAAUAGCGAUACAAACCAAGACAUCCGGGAUGCUGCUGUUGCAGCGCUGAAGGAAGCUGUACCUUUAUACCCCCCGGCAUUCCAACUCCUGCUGCAGCAGUACCUCUCCUCACUCAAGGUAGCAUACCAGCAGCAACUCGCUUUAUAUGAGCUCCCCUUAGAGAUUAAACUGGUUGCUGGUACCCUAUGUGAAGUUGGUAACUCAAAUUCUCUCGGAAGCCAUUCCUUAUUAUCAAACUCCGUCUCCCUAAUCAACACCCUACUCGAGGGGUUAUUAUGGAUGUUAUCAGAGCAGGCACCAAUAAGAUAUUGGACUGCGCUCAUCUGUUCUAUUCACUUUUCUAUUAUACAGUCCUUGGGUUCCACGUCAAAACAAACACCCGACACCUUGCAGCCAAAGCGGCCUGGUAUUACAAAGGAAUGGUACAUACAAUUUACUAAAAAUAUUGAGAAUGCUGGGGCCCCUCGACUUGACCUAAACAAGCCUGGAAACCCCGAGCCGACGAUUAAAGCACUUGAAGGAUCAGAGACAGAUGGAAUCGACGCUCAUCAGCAGCUAUUGGCAUACUCUCUGUUUGUUGUGGAGCAGUUAUACCGUCGUUUCACUACCGUCGAGUACCAAAGUGACGAAAACAACAGAAACGGGCCCCAAAUAGGACUUGGUAAAGAUUUCAAGGGGGGACGUGAUUCCGAUAUUGAACAAGAUAUAUGUCUUCAUCAACUUGGUCUUCUAGCCGCGUCAGUUGUUCGGGCUUUAAAUGAGGAGGAACAGAAGGCUCUGGACCUAAGCAAGGAUGCAUUCAUUCUUUUCCAUAGUAUCGAUUCCACCAAAGCUACUACCUCAGGAUAUUUAGCCCCAGAGGCUAUUGGAGUAAGCCCAUUGGACGAAUUCCGUACAGCACCUUUAUCGAUGGGUAUCCUUCAGGGUCUCUAUCCUGGUGUGAUGAACGCAGAGGCUUCGGGAUCUAUGGUUCUCAUCGUCCGUAGCAUUCUUCAUUUCUUAGCCGGCGAUGUGGCACGAUUCAGGAGUAGUCCUGAUACACAUAACGCAUUACUCAAGAUGGUGUGUGAAAAAGCGCCAUCGGAACCCACACUAGGCCGCUCAUUAGCAAGGAACUUCGAAGUACUCGUUAGUCCUAAGGAGUGCCUUGAGAAAGAAAACCAUGCGAUUCGAAAGAGACUAAGCGGCGAGUGGCUGUACUUUAAGGUCAUCCAGCCUUAUUUGAAGGACUGCUUCCCUAGCUCGGGGGUGGAUGAGAGAGUUACAGUUAAUCGAGCUAUAAUGGUGUUCGCGAUCCUAAAGCACCUGAAGUACGAACAGUACUCCAGCGACAUUGAACAGAUCGUGCGGAUCGGUAUCCGAUCUCUAUCUACCUUUGAUACCGGCGUGGAAAUGGAAUGCUGCCUUAACGUCCUGCUCCAAGUCCUUGAGAAGGAGCCGGACGCACUUAAAGAGCAUAUAGCUGGUCUUAUCUCAGGUAUGAUUGUAGUCUACGAGACGGCUAAAAGGGGAAGCAAAACUACGGAGUCAACAGAGGAUCAUACGGCGUUUAAGAGCAAAGGAAAGGAACGAAUCCUGUGCCGGAAAUUUGCGUUGGAAUUCUUCCAGAAACUACCAACUUCGUACGAGUCUCAGUAUCUCGUGCCUUACCGCCAGCAACUACUACGUCCUCUGUCGGCAGCUUGUGGGGACUCGGUUAGAGAGAUUCGUCGAACGGCACUGACAGCUAGGAAGGCCUGGGAAGCGCUUGCUUAA